GAUGGCCCACUUGAAACAGACUCCAGUCUCGACCAUAGCGACUCUCCACCAACGCUAGGGCCCGGGUACAUUCAGUUCCUCCUGGACGUGGAGCACUCUUUUGCUGGCUGUGGACAGGGUCGGCUUUGUUGUCGCGGCUCUAUGGAGCAGUUCAAGGACGCCCUUUGCUUACAUCUCGGUCAAUCGUUCGCUGCUUGUCCGAGCCUUCGAAGGAAAUUAUGCUGCGAGGCACGCCCUCGAGGUAUGGAACGCCGUGGCGAGGGCGAUGAAAGUCUCGGAGGCAACCAUAUACACCAAGUGGAUCAAGGAGGGCGAAUGUUGCAACCCGUGGUGUUCGAACCGUGGCGACAAGACGGUGAAGAAGAAGAAGAAGAAGUGCACACGAUGCCAAGCCGUCCGCUACUGUUCUUCGGAGUGCCAGAAAGGACAUUGGAGAGAGCACAAGGUUCUCUGUCGUCGGGUUCAGCAACAGCAGGGCCAGAGUUCGGGAGACUCGAGUUGAGCAUCCAUGGCGACUUUCCGUACCUUCCGCGACACCUGAAUCACUCUGCAAAUGAUCGCCCCGCUCUGAAACAGUUCUUUAUCCAUGUUUUUGUGUGACUGCAGUCCCAGUUCGAGGCCCUUGUAAUGCCGUUGCCGACUCCCGCCACUCCUUCCUUUGUUCGACAUACAGUACAGGUUCCAUUUGAACUUUGGUUGGCUUCCAUUAUACCUUGUGUAA